AUGCCCACCGCAGCCGAGUAUCUGGGCUACAGCCUCAUCAAUCUCGGACCGCUGACGACGACCUUCACCGCCGCUCCGUCGUGUGCCACCAGCCUAGACUACAAAUGGAUCGCCUCGCAACAUCAGGGCGAUUCGGAGGCCCAGAUCUAUGGGUAUCCGACGUGCGGUGCGCCCAAGUUCGAGGGCUGCAUCCCCAACGGCAAGGAAUGGGACUCGAGCCUCGCCAAACUCUCGGCAACGCCGCAUAACGGCAACGUCAUGUACCGCUCUCCAGGGAUCUACUGCCCCUCAGGCUGGACGACGGCGGGGACUAUUGUCGGAGGAGGCGCCUCGGGGAGGAGUGCCUCGGGGGUGUUUACCGCGCUUCAAUCCGACGAUGAGCCAGACGGCGGUGUCCGACACGUGUCCAUGAUCGAGGCGUACGUGAAGCCGCUCGAAGAAUCGGAGACGUUGGCGUGGUGCUGCCCGAGCGGCUGGAAGGCGGACUCGGCGGCAUUCUGUUCAUCAUCUAUCGGCCCUCUGUCGCACAGCUACUCCGAGGUCUGCCUGGUCCUGAUCCCAACCGAAGACGUUGUCACGGUGACGAGCUUCCAGGGCGCGUCCCUGACGCAACCCGUCGUUCUCAUCACCGGGACGGACACGAGCUACCGCACGAAGACGCGCAAGAUCGACCCCUCCGACACGUCGGGCCUGACUGUUGUGACGGCUGCGCCCGUGGUGGCUCUCGUGUACCAAAAGUCGGACAAGGCCCAACAACGGACGCACAGCGGGUCGACGGCCGCCUCGGGGCAGCAAAGUGGCAGUGCCACGGCAGAGUCAGACGAGAAAGAUGCAGCUCCCAAUAUCAGGCCAAGUCUGUUUGGGGUCGUAACAGGCGCACUCGUCUCGGCUUUGCUGGGCGCUGGUCAAUUCACUUAA